GGGCUCUGGGCCGUUGUGUGGCAGCCGCCAAGCCAGCGGCCCCCGGCGCCCCCCGGCCAUGGAGGAUCCGUCGCGGCUGCUGGCGGCCGGGGUGAAGCUGCCCGCUGGGAUCCCGCCUCCUCCUCCUCUUCCUCCUCCUCCUCCACCUCCUCCUCCUCUCCCACCUCCUCCUCCUCCUCCUCCUCCUCCUCCUCCUCCCGCCACCGAGCCGGUGGUCGCCUCAGGAGCGGCGGGAACGGCCCCGCCCGUUCCCCCCCCCCCAGCCCCGGACACGGGCGAUGUCUUGCAGCAGAUCAUGGCUAUCACCGACCAGAGCUUGGAUGAGGCCCAAGCCAGAAAACAUGCCUUGAACUGCCACAGGAUGAAACCUGCUCUUUUCAGUGUGCUCUGUGAAAUCAAGGAAAAAACAGUGCUGAGUAUCCGUGGUAUUCAGGAGGAAGAGCCCCCAGAUGCUCAGCUCAUGAGACUUGAUAACAUGUUGCUGGCAGAAGGUGUCUCCGGGCCUGAGAAAAGAGGAAGAGGAGGAGGAGGAGGAGGAGGAGCAGUGGCUGUAGCAGCAGCAUCAGGUGGCUGUCCCAAUGACAAUAGCAUUGAGCACUCUGACUACAGGGCCAAGCUGUCACAGAUCCGACAGAUUUACCACUCAGAGCUAGAGAAAUAUGAACAGGCCUGCAGCGAGUUCACCACCCACGUGAUGAACCUCCUGAGGGAGCAGAGUCGGACCAGACCCAUUUCCCCGAAGGAAAUCGAGAGGAUGGUCAACAUUAUCCAUGGGAAAUUCAGCACCAUCCAGAUGCAGCUGAAGCAGAGCACCUGUGAGGCCGUGAUGAUCCUGCGCUCCCGCUUCCUCGACGCUCGGCGUAAACGACGUAACUUCAGCAAACAGGCAACAGAAGUGCUGAAUGAAUAUUUUUAUUCACACCUGAGCAAUCCUUACCCCAGUGAAGAAGCCAAAGAAGAGCUUGCAAAGAAAGGGGGUAUCACAGUUUCACAGGUUUCCAACUGGUUUGGCAACAAAAGAAUUCGCUACAAGAAAAACAUGGGGAAGUUCCAAGAAGAAGCCAACAUCUAUGCUGCCAAAACUGCAGUGGAUGCAACAAACGUGGUGGCUCAAGGCAACCAGGCAAACUCUCCCUCGACACCAAAUUCAGCUUCCUCUGGCUCUUUUAAGAUGACAAAUUCUGGAGAUUCGUUUAUAAACUUGCAGUCCUUGACUUCCUACCAGAGCUCCCCUGUGGGAACCAACGUGCAGUCACAGAUGGAUUCUUUACAUCAUGUCAUACACCAGACAGGAAGAUAUGACACAAUUGUGGGGAAUCCUUUGUACACGACGCAGCGUAUAGAUGCUAAUGGCAGCUGGCAGGAUGCAACCACCCCUUCAUCAAUCACUUCACCUGCUGGAGACCCUGGAAGUGUUAAUUCAGAUGCGUCUAAUUAAGUUUUUUUUUUUUUUUUUGGUUGUUUUAGGACCUGUCGAUGAGAGGAAAGAGGUCAUUAGUGUAAUUUGUCAAUGUUGCUCUUUUUUGCCCAUAUUUUUUGUUUGUCCAACUUGACACACAGCUAAUAAUUACCUCAGAACCAACCCUGGAACCAAUAGAAGAUUGUGCUGAAACCUCUCUACCUCUCAGCCUCACCCAGUCGAGUUCUUUUUUUUCUUACACCCAUCAGGAUGUGAAAUUAUUUGGAAAGAACUUGCCUCAUUUUCUGACACCAAAUUAAGUGGGUUUUCUUAAAGAAAAAAUACAGAUUUUACGAGAAGAAAAUAAUGGUUUUUACCAUAAAGAAUCGGAAAGCUCUGCUUAGACCUUGGUGUUUGUCUCGAGUUUUACAGCUUCAGAAAAUUGACUUAAUUUCCAUAAAGAUUUUUAAUAUGAAAUUUCUGUUCUAGUUGAUAGCUACUAACAGUUAAACUUCCCCCUUAUUCCCCCCGUAUUGUAAUUGUAUGCGUUCUCUGUAUUGUAAUUUUGUAUAGGAAAAUAAGCUUUUCUUAGCUAGAAUUAACUGAGCUAAUUAAUCAGAAGGUUGCUUUACCAAAAUUCUCUCUGAACUUUACUCCUCGGGUAGGACCUUCCAUUUAAUUAAAAAAAAAAAAAAAAGACAAAAACACCGUAGUGAAAAACACAACAACAAAACCACACCACUUCCCCACGGAGCUUUUUGUUGUUGUUCAUCGCUGUUACCACCGAGUCCGCCCUUUUCAGUUGGGGUUUUAUCAAAGAGAAUAAACAUCCAAAGCCUUUUUUU